GCGCCGUCAAAAAGUGUAUUGUCGCAUGCACUGUACGUCUGUACCAGAGAGGGUGACACCGUGACACGAAGCUCUGACUUCCGCGGGUAAAGUCAUAUUUUUCGUCGAGGGGGUAAUUGACCUCCUACGUCAACAAAACGUAAAAUUCCACAGGAAGGUAACAUCUGCCGAAGCACCGAGGAAUCCUUUAAACGAUGCUCACGUGGAUUCAAUUGUUAAAAAUCCGAUAAACACGAUACGCAAGAGCUGUGAGAGUUGUGACUGUGUAUAGUUUUUUGUGUUUGUUUUUCUCCGUAUCUCAGCGGCGGAACUGUUAACGUGGACGGCUACGACGACAACACGCAGCCAUGAACCUUACGGCUGGAAAUCCCAACAACAACGGCCUUCUUUUCGCCGCCUUCAAUCAGGAUCAAGGAUGUUUUGCGUGUGGGAUGGAAAACGGCUACAGAGUCUUCAACUGCGAUCCUCUGAGGGAAAAAGAGAGACACAAUUUUGCACAAGGUGGCCUAGGAUACGUUGAGAUGCUCUUUAGGUGUAAUUAUUUGGCAAUAAUCGGGGGAGGAAAAAAUCCAAUGUUCCCUACAAACAAAGCUGUAAUAUGGGACGACAUCAAGAAAACAGCUGCUAUUAUCAUGGAAUUCAGCACAACUGUUAAAGGAGUCAGAUUGAGAAGAGACAGGAUCGUCAUAAUCUUGGAAGGGAUUAUAAAAGUCUACACGUUUACUCAGACCCCUCAACAGUUGCAUGUCUUUGAAACAAAUCCCAAUCCCAAAGGCUUGUGUGUCCUCAGUCCUAACAGCAGUAACUCUUUGCUGGCGUUCCCUGGAAGAAAAGACGGCCAUGUGCAAAUUGUAGACUUGGCAAACACGGAAAAACAGCCUUUGAACAUAGAAGCACAUGAAACACCUCUGUCAUGUAUAGCGUUGAACUUACAAGGAACUCGGUUGGCAACAGCCUCAGAAAAAGGAACGCUAAUAAGGAUAUUUGACACACAAAGUGGCCAGAUGGUCAAUGAGUUUAGACGAGGAGCUCAUCAUGCCAAUAUUUAUUGCAUCAACUUCAAUCAUGACUCAACGAUGCUGUGUGUGGCCAGUGAUCACGGGACCGUUCACAUCUUUGCGGUAGAAGAUCCCAAAUUGAAUCGACAAUCAAGUUUAGCCUCUGCCACGUUUUUACCCAAGUACUUUGCUUCUCAUUGGAGUUUUUGCAAGUUCGAGGUUCCAGGCGGACCUCAGUGCAUAUGUGCUUUUGGGACCGACAACAACAGCAUCAUUGUGAUUUGCGCGGACGGCAGUUACUACAAGUUCGUAUUCAACAACAAGGGCGAAUGCAAGAGAGACGUCUACGAGCAGUUCCUGGAGAUGAGCGAUGACAAGCUGUGAUUCUCCAUAGCCGAUUUUAUGCCCAAGACAAGAGAUAUAGACUCCUGCGUGCGUAAAACGACAUGAGAAACUGUGAUUGCUGCAAACGCGCGCUCAGCAGCUUAUACACACACAUAUAUACGUCGCUUCCGUUUUGCGCUCGAUCAUUCGCUAUACAGCUUAAACGAACACGUAAUGAUAUGUCUGUUGUUGAAAUGUUUAUACGAUAUAAAUAUAUACAUAUAUACAUCCGUUUUAUCAAAGCCAGCAUGAUUGAAUUGUUGAUGGACGCGUUAUAUAUACGAGAGCGUCUGGUCAUCGAUAUGUUAUUAUAAUAGUUCAUAAGUUCAAAAAAAAUGUUUGUUAUUGCAUGUGCAGUAUUCGAGUUUAUGUCGAAAUUUUUUAUGAAAGUUUUUCCGAUCGAUUAAAGUGUGUACGAAAAAUGAUAAUUAACGUCAAAAUGAUUUAUUUGAGCCUGAUACUCAUAAAUUACAUACAACAAGUAUGAAACAUACUGUAUUGUGAACCAAUAUUUGCGAAUAUAUCAUGAUUAAAAUGUUGAGAAUCAUUUUUAAUUACAAAUGACAAGUUUAGCCAAGUACGGAACGUAUGUAGUUAGCCAAUAGAAACACUUAGCAUGAAAAAUCGCUCUUGUCGAAAUCAUAUCAAUUGAAAAUGGUUGGAUCAUGAAGCGUGUGAUAAAAUUGUUUAAGGACCCUACUUAGAACUUGGAUUUACAUUGCGUCCCAUGGAUGUAAGAGGUACCGUCACAACCAGUUGCAGUGAUGCUGCUUAACCAAGUGUGUCUUAUUCAGUUCAAUUUAAAUGCGAAGACUUUAUAUUUGAAUUAAUAGUAGAACGACUUUCCCUACCUUUUUCUGUGUCCAAAGCUCUUUGCCAGCCCAAUCACGACCACAUGUUCAUACUGUGACGUAGUCUUGGUGAUUCAUUAUCUUACAGCUACUACGAUACAAUUGUACUUAUUAAUGAGGAAAGUGACUGUAAGCGCCCUUGUUUGACGAUUUGUGUACGAUCUGCGGGAUCGUCGCAAAAAAUCGCAUAAUAAAACGCUUUGCGAAAGGUUUUUUUACUCAACAUUUUUUUUCUUAUUUAAUUAUUAAAACAUCUCAAGAAAUUCAGUAAUUCUUUGUCUGCGUGAUUCAACACAAUCGAUAAUAAAAUAGAUGCCUCAACAGA